CCCAGAUCGCCUACGACCGCCUACAGCUCGCUGGAGCUUCGCCGUUGCCAGUCUCCGGACCAUGGCUCUCGCGUCCAGCCAGUCAUUCAGUCAGUCCGCUUUCGGUGACGAAGCGCUUGACGGCGGGACGAUGCAGCCAAACCACAAGCUCGCACGGGAUCGCCGUCACCUGCUCACAGCUCCAUUCCUGGCGAAGGUGAUCGCACGCUCCCACAUGCUCGAACUAAAAGAUCACACCACAGGCGCUGACCGCACGAUGCCUAUGGUUCCGUUGUCGCCACCUCCCUCUGCUGUUAGCUAGCACAUCUUCCGUCCGACUCGUCCUAGAUGGCACCCGAUCUAAACUCGCUGCCCCCGUCGCCCAACCCAGCGUACAUCCCCCCAGCUCGCUCGCCUCGCGUCAUGGCACAGCCAGAGGAUCGACGUACCUCCCUCCAAGCACAUUCGCCGUCUUCGCAUUCGUUGGCUGCAGCCGCGGCCUUGAACGCCGGCCUGCAUGGCGACGGGUCUCGACGCUCCUCCAACAGCUCGCUGCGUGAUGUUCGGAACGAACGACGUCGUCGAUCGUCGAUUAGAAUGAGCCUAAAUCUGAACGAUCCCACCUUGCCUGGCCCGGGAGAGCUUCAACAGCUAAGUCCGAGAGCGAGCAGAUCAGGUUCGAGCGCAUUCCCGGAAAGCCCGCAUCACCAUCGUACUCCCAGCCUGGGUGAGCUGCAUCAGGAAUGGGAGAGCGAGCAGGAAUCUCAAGUUAAUAGAUUGCUGAACAUGAUCCGCCAGCAGCAAGCUACCAUACAAAACCUGCAGAACCAAAACGCCGCCAACCAACAAAACACCUCCGCUGUCGACGACAGCACACCCACCUCUGAACGAUCCAUGUCAUUUACUCACACCGGACUAGUGCAUACGCAACCCCAUCCUUCGGCGACAGCUCCAAUCCCUCGAUCACGCUCUCCGUUCAUCCCCAUUCCACUCUCAAGAAACUCCUCCUACCGGUCAGACAGAAGCAGCCAUGAAGUUUCGCCUUCUCUGCGGCCCUUGCCAAAUCAUGGCCCCUCCGUCGACAGCGGCGAAAUGCUGCUUGGGUCUUCGGCAGUGAGAGAUGAGAGUGCAUUCUACCAGGCCGAAACGCAGAACCUCACCCGUGAGAAUCAGAUGCUGAAGCUGAGGAUACGUGAGCUUGAGCGACAAUUAAGCGACCUUGGCUUGUCACCGUCCAAUCCUCAUUCGCCAGCUACAACCUCCAAUCUGCACCUUCCACCCAUUACAGGCGAAGACGCAGAGCCUCCACAGGACACUGCGGCGCAUUCGUAAUGCGAUGGCGUAUGGUGUUUCCAUGUUCGGUUGCAAGCAAUGAGAAGGCCGUGUUGAGCUUGAUAUUUGGGCAUUUACUGAGUCUCAUCGCACAUAAGGGUUCAUGAACAGGCGUCAAGAUGAACGUUUCUUAAUGCUUAAGAUUCCUUUUUUUGGCUUUCGGAAUGGUCUUUGGAGCACGAAAGAAAAAGCUCCGAGUACGACAUGAACUCUUUUCGCAUCCACCUAACACGUCUCUGACGUUUUCUUUUGACUCGCGUAGUCAAACAUUUUCCCAGGCAGUACACCAGUAUUCUUGCGUGCUGUAAUGAGCGAUGUGAAAUUACAACACGAAACUUUCCGCAGACGCAAGCCAACAUGUUGGAGAUGUUUCAAAUAUCGUGCGCGCUUCAAAGUGCACGCGAAACAAUCAACAAAGGCCCGCAAGAAUUCAGCUAGCUAGAAAUUCAAUUUAAGUUGCAGGAAGUGUGAGAUACAUGCACAGAUCUUUGUCUCG